UCUUUUUUUUUCUUAUUCAAUGACAGAGCAACAGACAAGUUCGAUAGAAUCUUGGACGUUGAUGUCCUUAAUCUAUAGAGACAUGGACGAUGGAGACUAUCGAAAUGCACUUUUAUUGUCUGAAAGACUGUUCUCGAUCAAUAAUCAAAAUUCGCUUUACCGAUUCUUGUAUGCAAAGUGCCUUUACCAUAAUCUCGAUUACCAUGCUAGCUAUACAAUCUUGAAACGAUCUGAAUCAGUAACUUGCUUGAGCUUGUUUGCUAAAAGCUGCCUAGAAGUAGGCAACAUGGAAGAAACACAUGAAGAAAAGCGACAAUAUUGGCUAGAAGGUGUGAAGGCACUUUUAUUGGCACUCGAGAAUAAAGAAUUACCCAACAAAGUGUAUUGGGGAGACGAACUAUCCAGUGUCUCGCUGCGGCAUCUUAUGCCUAGUCGAGCUUCUUUAUAUGAUUCAUUAGGUGAUCUAUUCUCAAAACUCGACAAUAUCAAAGAAGCCAUGAAAUGCUAUAUAGCCUGCCUUAAACUCAAUCCAUACAAAAUAUCAGCAUUCACCAAGUUAUGUGACAUUGCACCUGAUAAUAUUGACCUAAAGGCAGCUGGCAUGUUACCCAAAGACACAUUUAAACAGCUUGAUUUUGAUGAUAUCGAUUUAUCCAAGUCACCUAUAUCUUAUUUACCCCCAAAGCCUUCUGCAGACCAGCAUGAUAUUUCUUUUAAUGAUAACCUAGCGACGUGUAAUGAAAUUAGAAACAAUAGUUGGUCUUUGCCUGCUAUCAGAAAUGACUAUAGAGAACUUAGUGUAAAUGAAUUAAAAGCACUUGUCAAGAAUAUACCAGACACAAUAGACGAAGAACUAAUAGAAAGGAGUGAAACUGAAAAGCAAAAAGAUACAAUGAUUAAAGACAUUUUAGAAGACAUUAAAAAAAUGAAGGCAGACGAAGCAUAUAAAAGUAAACAUGGAUUACAUAAGAAACCACCUACACGUACAACUCAGAUUUCAAAAAUGGAUGUAAUGCAGAUGGACGAGGAAGAAGAAGAAGAACCAAUGCCUGGAUUUAUGUCCUAUGGUAGACUGUCAUCAGCAGCACCAAGGAUAGCUUCUAAUUUGACAGAGCACAAAAAACAAGAGAAAUUGUAUAGAGAAUCCAUUAUGUCUUAUUUCCUGCCUAUUCCAUCAAGAGAAUUUUAUCAAUUCAAGAAUCAACGUACCGAAGAAGCUAUUUUAGCAGGCAUGAAUGCAGUACUCAAAGUUCUGCGUAUUCUUGCCAAUGGUUAUUAUUGUCAAAGUAUCUAUCGAUGUAAAGAGGCUGCAUUAACACUCCAAAAGCUUGAUGACAAACAAUACAGUUCUGCUCGCGUACUCAAUAUUCUAGGAAACGCUUAUUAUCAUGCUGGUGAUUAUGAGAGUUCCCGUUACUUUUUCAGGCACGCUUUCAGUAUUGCACCAUGGUAUUGCGAAAGUGUGCCUCUUUAUUCCACAUGCCUAUGGUAUCUCGGCAGCCAAAAGGAACGAGAGCUCAAUGUAUUGACUUUUGUAAUGAAGAACAACAGAUCUCAUCUGUUUGAAGCCUAUAUCGUGGCAGGUAACUGGAACAAAUUAGCUGGAAAAAGCAAUGAAGCAUUACAAUGGUUUCAAAAGGCUGUAGACCUUGAUGCAUCACAGUUCUAUGGCCAUACGCUGUUGGGUUAUGAAGAAUGGGAGAAACAGAGUUUUCUACAAGCAAAAGAACAUUUUGCGAAAUCUCUAAUUGCAAAUAAAAGAUCCUAUAUGGCUUGGUAUGGUAUGGCAUCUGCUUAUAUUGGUAUGGAGCAGUUUCAACAGGCUGCAUCCUACCUUGCAGAAGCUAUUCGUCUUAACCCUCACAACCCUACUAUGGCAAGCACAAUGGCUGAUAUCAUGUUUGAAUUAAAAGACUAUCAAGCAGCCAGGUUCUAUAUAGAAACAGCCAUAUCCAUGCACAAAGACAAAGAGUAUAUUAAGUUUCUUUCAGAGAUUGAAGAAAAGAUAUUAGAAGAGCAAUAAAGCAAUCUGGGUUUAUUAUUAACUGCA